AUGUUCUCUCAGCGCAUCAUCGGUCGCUUUUCCCAGCGCGCGUCGCAGCAGAUGCGUUCCGCUCCGGUCCGCUCCACCGUUCAGCGCCGUGCCAACAGCACCGAGGCUAAGCCUUCCUGGGCCGCCGACAACGAGUUCAACCGUGAGCGAGCUGCCGUCAAGCACCAUGCCGCCUCUACCAGUGACCUCUGGCGCAAGCUGUCCAUCUACGCGAUCGUCCCUUGUCUGAUCGGCGGUGGCCUUAACGCCUACAACCUCUGGACCGAGCACUGGGAGCACUGGUCCCACAUGCCCCCUCUGGAGGAGCGCACCGAGUACCCCUACCAGAACAUCCGCUCCAAGAACUUCCCCUGGGGAGACGGUGACAAGACCAUUUUCUGGAACUCCGACGUCAACUACCACAACAAGGACAAGGCUACCUAA